GGCCCGUCCCCGCCCCUCGCCCCGUCCCCGCCCCCAGCCGCGGGGCCAGGAAGCAAGGAAGAAACCGCCGGUGGCCAUGGACGGGGCGGUGAUGGAAGGGCCACUCUUUCUACAGAGUCAGCGUUUCGGUACCAAGAGGUGGAGGAAGACAUGGGCUGUGCUGUACCCUGCCAGUCCCCACGGCGUAGCGCGGCUCGAGUUCUUUGACCACAAGGGGUCGAGCUCUGGAGGGGGCCGAGGGGGCUCGCGCCGCCUGGACUGCAAGGUGAUCCGCCUGGCGGAAUGUGUGAGCGUGGCCCCCGUGGCGGUGGAGAGUCCCCCGGAGCCCGGCGCCUCAGCCUUCCGCCUGGACACUGCGCAGCGCUCCCACUUACUGGCGGCCGACGCGCCAUCCAGCGCCGCCUGGGUGCAAACGCUGUGCCAAAACGCCUUUCCGAAAGGCAGUUGGGCUCUGGCACCUGCUGAGAACUUACCCAAGAUUUCAGCCUUGGAGAUGCUGGAGAACUCGCUAUAUAGCCCCACCUGGGAAGGAUCCCAGUUCUGGGUAACGGUGCAGAGAACUGAAGCUGCUGAGCGCUGUGACCUGCAUGGCUCUUACGUGCUGAGGGUGGAGGCUGAGAAGUUGACUCUCCUGACUGUGGGGGCCCAGAGUCAGAUUCUGGAGCCUCUCCUUUCCUGGCCUUACACUCUGUUGCGCCGCUAUGGCCGUGACAAGGUCAUGUUCUCUUUUGAGGCUGGCCGUCGCUGCCCCUCUGGUCCUGGAACCUUCACCUUCCAGACGGCACAGGGAAAUGACAUUUUUCAGGCAGUUGAGACUGCUAUCUGCUGGCAGAAGGCCCAAGGAAAGGAUGGUGCACAGGGCAAGGAUGGCCAGGUGCAGGAUGUUCUUGGAGCUGAUUCCCGUGAAGGGGAAGUGGCAGAGGGGAAGCUGGCUUCUGUCCCUGGCCCUCAGGAGCUCCUGGGCAGCCCUCCAGCCCUGUAUGCUGAACCCUUAGACUCCCUGCGGAUUCCUCCAGGGCUUUCCCAGGAUUCCCUGUAUUCAGACCCUCUGGACAGCACCCCUGCUCGGGCAGGGGAGGGGGUACAGUUAAAGAAACCGCUCUUUUGGGACUUGCAUGAACAUGUGCAACAGCAGUUGCUGAAGGCCAAGCUGACGGACCUCAAAGAAGACCCCAUCUAUGAUGAACCUGAGGGUCUGGCCCCAGCUGCUAUCCGGGGCCUUUAUGACCUGCCUCAGGAGCCCAAGGAUGCAUGGUGGUGCCAGGCUCGGGUGAAGGAGGAGGGCUAUGAACUCCCCUACAACCCUGCCAUGGACGACUACGCUGUGCCACCCCCUCGGAGCACAAAGCCCCCCCCAGCUCCUAAGCCCCAGGGCUCAGCCUUUUCUGAACCUGGAGCUGCAACAGGCAGUGGCAGCAAAGGCCACAGCUCAAACACUGCCCUGUACAGCCAGGUCCAGAAGAGCAGGGCCUCCGGGAUCUGGGACUGUGGGCUUAGAGUAGGAACCGACGGGACUGGGGUCAAGACAGAGGGCUCCAAGUGAGAAGCAGGGCAAGGCUAGGGUUGCUGCUAGGAGGCCCAUGGGGAGGUGGCACUGGGGAUCAAGGAAAACUGUUAGAACCAGAGGGCUGGAGGAGCCUGGACACCAGGGGACCAGAUGGAUCAGGGGAGUCAAGGGUAGGGUCAAUCUCAAGGAGUCCUGGAAGUGGGACAGAUGGCAGGGGCUGAGGCAGGAACCUGGGGGAAACCAGCAUCCCAAGUCAUCCUCCUGAGGGACAGACAGCUGCUGGAUGAGCUCUGUUGACAGCAGUGCUUGGUCAGAGUGGGUAUGCUGUGAGGGGCCUGCAGGAGGCUGCAGGGAGAUGCUGGACUAUGCCUAGAUUCUUACCCCUGUAUCGUUUUUUUUCCAGAGACACGUAUUUUAAAAAGCUUUAUUAUCAUUAAAGACAGUUUGGGUUUAA